AUGGGCAACGCUGCCAUUCUAGCUUCAUUCGCCUGGCAGGCUGCCUAUUCCCUGGCGGCCCCUACUCCAAACACCACCGCCAUCGUCACCCCCGUCGCAGACCCGGGAUGGAAGAAGGAGCCAAAAGGGCGGGGAACCUUUAGCAUCAUCCUUACCUCGGUCUUGACUCUUGGUCUAUGCGUCUGGACAGCCAUCCAUCCCAACGUCAAACCGAACGCCUCGGCCUGGGAGAAGGUGAAACAUAGGCUUUCGUACGUCCUCAUCGGGAUGUUGGCGCCAGAGCUCGUGCUCGCAGUAGCCUUCGACGAGUGGUGGACGGCGCGAUGUUUUCACCGGGAGUGGUGCGACCUUUAUGAGAUAGAGCCCGGCAGCAAGGAAGACAUUCUCCGUAUGAAGGGUGCUUUCUUCGUGACUAUGGGCGGGGUCUCAUUUGUACCGACGUAUAAAGUACCAGCCAGCUUUGAAAAUAUUCUCAGCGCGGAUGCUUACCUCCAGCUGGCACGGACAAACACCAAAGGGGAAUUACUUGGGGUGGAAGAGUUUAAGAAAUUACUAAGGCCGGGGACUGCGCAUGCAGUGGUCGAAGCAGCCAAGACGGGAGAAGCACCAGGGAGUCUUGAUGCAGCCCCGGUCGGGAGGGAACCCGAGGAGGUGGUGGCGGAGAUGGUUUUAAGGCAAGACUUUGUGCAUUAUCGUGAGGUCCAGGACAAAGGCAAAGCGGAGGUUCUGGGAAAGACGCUGGUGUGUUUGCAGGCACUGUGGAUGCUCGUGCAGUGCAUUGUCCGCAAGGCUAGCGGUCUGCCCGUCACCCUGCUGGAGAUUCACGUCGCGAUGCAUGUCAUCUGCGCCAUGGGGAUGUACAUUUUCUGGUUCAAUAAGCCACAGGACGUGGGCGAGCCGCUCCCAAUACCCGCCAAUAUUGUUUUCCCUGUUAGCGACCCGAUGCAGUUAUACGUUGAGAGCAUGAAACGAAUUAGUCACCGCUACCAAGGCCAUUCCUUGAAGAUCAGGCUGAAGGGGAACAUUGAAAACUUACGAGGCUCAGUGUCGAGUUACCAAUCUCAUCGUCCUUUACCCACAACAAAGAGUGUCCACUUUCCUGGUUUGGGGAUAUUACCACGGCUUACUCGGUCUAUUAUACAUGGAAAAAAUCAUCGCCCAACCGCACCCGCAGUCGCCGAUCCUGAACGCUUGGUAAUCCCCUACGGCCACAUGCUCGACCUCGGAUCUGUCCGUGUCUACAACGAUGCGGAUCUCUGGAGGACUUGUGUGAUGCCCUUCGAUGACCUCGACUUUUUAACACGGGUUGCCAAAGCUUACGAAGUCGGCAAGCGACCUAAAUGGCGUCCUGACAUCCAAUUAUUAAACCACAUCUCCUUUCAAAGCGAUCGUAAGGGCGAUAUCCUGGACGACAUACAUGUCUCAAACAUUUUCCCUGCCAUCCUCAUUCUGCUUGCAUACGGCGCCUGCCAUGCAGCUGCUUGGAAUACGCAUUUCCCAUCGCCCGUGGAACGCCUGCUUUGGCGAAUCUCCUCAGUAGUGAUUGCUGUCGUCCCCGCGUAUGCUUUGUUUCUCGUUACACUGGAUAACGGCGAUCAUGACACUCUUUGGAAUGUAUUAACACUAUUCAUGUUCAAAAUGCUCAAUCUCUUCGAUGGAGUCGGCCGCGUACAUAUAAUGGGUAUAAACCUUAACAUAAGGGAAAUAUAUAAAAGAACAUUUUCUGUACUUCCUUCCAUAUGGCUCUUUUGA